AUGCCGACAGAAUCCGCCGGCAAGAACGAUAAGCAAGCAAGCCAGGCACAAGCUCGUGAAGUCAUCGAUGUGUUCCACGAGAUCUCGACCCUUCUGAACGCAGAUCUUGAUAGGCAGACAUUAUCUAUUUGUAUCUCACUCAUCGAGAAUGGUAUCAAUCCCGAGGCGCUUGCGUGUGUGAUUCGGGAAUUGAAGAAGGAUGCCGAGGAGACGAGACGAGAGAUCCAGAACAGGAGUCAGUGA